AUGUGUCGCAUGCUCAUCCACAAAUACAUCUGGCAAGACUGCGGUCAUAGCUGUAAGAACGCGUGUUGCAGACAAUUGGUUGCAAUUAGCUUCACUAACGACCUUCAGUUUUGUACCGCGACUCUUGCCGAUAUAACAACAAUAUGAUCUGCCCUCUCGACGCUUGCGAUACCUAUCUGGAGACAUUUGAGGAGAAGUGCGAGAUUUGCUGGGAGAGGGACAAGUACCUGGCGGAGGAAAGGGAGAAGGCGGAAAGACGCGAGGAGCUUGCCAAUAUUGAGAGGCAGCUUGAGCUUGAAAUGGAGAUUGAGCAGAAGAGGGAAUUAAUAGGUGUGCCGAAGGUGUUCAAAUGGAUGUGGAAUGGCCUGCUUAUUUCACCGUUAGCAAAGCUUCGACGUGAGUCAGUUGAGAAGGAGAAACCAGACGAGCGAGAGAAAGACCCAGGACAGGUGGUAAAAGACUUACAAGAGCUGCAAGAAGACGCGAAGAAGGACCUCGAAGAUGUAGAGAUGGAGGACGCCCCGUUGGACCGGGAGGAAAUCCGUAGCGGUAAGGUUCCCCCUGCAAGGAAAUGCCCUUUUCUUGCUGACGAUCGUCAAGCAUUUGAGGACAUUACUGAAGUUUUUCCACAGUAUCCUCAGAAAAAUCUCGAACAUUCGCCAAAUUCUUCUACAAGUCCUCAGGCUAGACAAACUCCUGAAUAG